AUGGCAGCUAUCUCAGCCUCGGGAGUGAACGUCCCUCGCAAUUUCCGACUGUUGGAAGAACUCGAAGAAGGCCAGAAAGGAGUAGGAGAUGGCACAGUUAGCUGGGGUCUAGAAGAUGAUGAAGACAUAACACUUACAAGAUGGGCAGGGAUGAUAACUGGGCCUCCAAGACAGGCCCCACGGUCACCAGGGAAUAAGGCGGGCAGUUCCUCAGCAGCAAGAACCACCGAGGGGCCCAGUGUAAUAGCCUAG